UAGAAGAUAAAUAAAGAUUCGCUUAGAUUAUUUAAUAUAAAACUGUUGUGUUAAAUUAAUUCACUUCCUCACAGGUUAUUGAGGCGCAAUGCACACUUACACAGCGUUUGUGAUUUUAUUUAUUAAAAAUAUAAUAAGUUUUGUGGAAAUGAUUUAUUGUAAGAUGUCAGAGUCGGAAGAAAAGGCUCAACUGGUCGACUAUGACAGCGACGGAAGUUUUGAGAAAACAUCAUCUGAUCUAGAGAAUGUUGGACAAAAUUCAAUCUUCAAAAUCAAAAUUGAGAAAAAUAUGGAUACCCUUCAUAGUCUGUCACAAUUCCGCAAGGGAUUAAUUCAUACAACAGAUAAUGACAAUGCAAGACCAUCAAAAACAACUGAUGAGAAUAAAGAUGAACAAGAGUUACAGGUUAAGAUAAAUAAUUUCUCAACACCUGUCAAAUCAGACCAGUCGACAAAUAUAGAAGACGAUAAUAAUAAAAAUAAGAAUGAAAAUACCAAAGCCAAGAUUGUCAGCUGUGAGAAAAUGGUAAUGGUUGGUAGCAAAGAAUUUGAAGAUAUGAAGAUGCUGAUGGUCGAGUCCAACAAACAGACUCGGGAGAUGUCAGCAACACUCGGUAGAGCUGCGAAACGAUUAGAAGAAGUCACUCACGAACUAGUUAAAGCUCUUAAAAUGACGGUAGAUAGGCGUAGAGCAGAGCUAGAUCGGGAGAAGGCUAAAAUAGAAGCAACUAAGCUAGAAGCCGAGAAAAAGACCAACGACGGAGAAGAGACAAUUAAGGCUCAGACUGCAAAGUUUGACGGCAAGAAGAACUGCCAUAGAUGUUCUAAACCUGGACAUAGAAUUGAAAAUUGUCCCCUGUCAAAAGAUUUGUGGUUCUGCUACUACUGUCAGGAGAUAAGAUCUCAUAAGGGUUCAGAGUGCAAGGAUGGCAGGAUCAAAAAAAACUCUGUUGAUCGCAAGAAGUAGCGCAGUGGAAGCUGGACGUGGGAAAUGGAGGGAGUGUUAAGAAGACACAAAUUUACCCAAGUCCGCUGAGAUCUAUUUUUUAUAUAUCUAGAUUAUUAUUAUUAUGGCUAGUGAGUUGGCGUCGGUCUGCGCGCCGCUCGACGGCGCAUACGACUCCUCUCCCCUUUACUCUCUAUACUUUACUUUAUAUCUUGUACUCUUGGCGGUACUACGUGCAGCCACGUGCA